GCGAUGGCCGACUGUAUUUCUGUUUGAAAUAUAUUUGGACACAGUUAUAUUAUUUACUAAAAGAAAUAAUAAUCAAGAAUAUGAUAUAAUAUCGCUAUUUCAUAUUGCAGUUUAUGAAUUAUAGCCAUGAAGGUGGAAAACAGAGAUAAAAAACUUGCAAUUUUCAAAUGGAAAAGAGUUGUGGAUACAAUUGGUCCUACGCCUAGGCCAAGACAUGGCCAUCGUGCUGUGGUUAUCAGAGAUCUUAUGGUGGUGUUUGGGGGAGGUAACGAAGGCAUUCACGAUGGUCUACAUGUGCUAAAUACCGCAACGGGGAAGUGGCAUAUUCCACCAAUGGUAGGCAACCCCUCUCCCGGCAGAGCAUCGUUUGGUUUUGUUGUAGACAACACCCGCGUUAUUGCUUUUGGUGGCAUGACUGAGUAUGGCAAAUACUCUAAUGAUAUCUACGAACUCCAGGCAGCCAAAUGGGAGUGGCAGAAGCUGAUUCCACUGAUGCCCCCGUACCUCCCCCCACCAUGUCCCCGUCUUGGCCACAGCUUUAACUUAGUUGAGAAGAAAAUUUACAUGUUUGGUGGACUCGCGUCAACCUGCGAGAAGACCAAUCCAGGAUACCUAAACGAUCUGUACGUCCUGGAUCUCCAACCUGACGGGAAUGUGAUUUGGAACAUUCCAAGAACCAGCGGACCAGUGCCACCUCCCCGGGAGUCACACACAGCAGUCACAUACACGGACAGCGCAGGCUACAAUAAGCUCAUCAUCUACGGUGGAAUGAACGGCAACAGACUCGGAGACCUGUGGACGCUUCACAUAGACCACAUGUGUUGGACAAAGGAGAUCGUGAGGGGACAAGUGCCUCUGCCCCGGUCCCUCCACACGUCCACAGUCAUUGGACAUCGCAUGUUCGUGUUCGGAGGCUGGGUGCCUCUUAUCUCAGACGACCGUAACAGUGAGAGUAUCUACUGCAACGAGCGCGAGUGGCAGUGCUCAAAUACCCUGGCUUGUCUCAACCUAGAAACCAUGAUGUGGGAGGAGUUGCAGACGGAGGCAAAGAGAGAAGAUCUGCCUGGAGCGAGGGCUGGACACUCCGCAGUAGCGAUUAACUCUCGCAUCUACAUCUGGUCUGGCCGAGAUGGCUAUAAGAAGGCCUGGAACAACCAGGUUUGCUGUAAAGAUCUGUGGUACCUCGAAGUCGAAAAGCCUCCAGCAGUGGGGAAAAUCCAGUUGUUCGCAUCUGAAAUAAACUUUCUGGAGGUGAACUGGCCAGCCCUCCCACAAGUCGAGCACUACAUUCUACAAGUGCAAAAGCAGAGCCAUUACGACAUGAACAUCAAGAUUCAAGACGCACCGUUGUUGCGGCAGUCUUCCAUGCCUGUUAGUGUUCCUGUGCAAGCCCCCCAAGCAAGAGUAAGCGAGCGGUCGCCCAAACAGAUUUCACGAUCUCAAUCUGGACCUGCAGCUUUGUCUCAUGUUCCGAUGUCACUUCCCUCACGAACUCCACCUCAGCAUUACAGCCCGCAAAUGACAUCACAACAUGAUAAAAAUUCAGUGGAGCCAAAACGUCGCUAUAGGCAGUCAAAUAAGCCCUCAACGCCGAAGCGUGUCCGAAAAGGGUGCAACGUUGGAUCUCCUACAUAUCAAGUACCUUCUUUGCCUAGCCCUGUCAGCGGAAUCGUACCAUUUACACCCCAUCCCGGUGGUGACUCGUUGAGGGAGACGCAACCAAUGAGAUUCUCCUCACCCCAGUCGCAACCUAGAGCUAAAAGACCUUCCAGACCUAAUCUUAGUGUUUGUAAACCCAUCCUCAUCACAAUACCUCCGGACUCGGAUACAGUCCAGACUUCUUCAGAAUCUUCUGCGUUACAAGAACCACGUGAGGCUGAACCCAUGAUGGUUUACUCCACGGCUGGUCAAAGUUCUGUCACAUCGGUUGUUGCUGCCAAACGACCCAGUCACAUAGCUGUGACCCCGAAUGCCAUGAGAACACUUCACACGGUACCUGAGUUGAGACCUGUUAGUCCACGCGGCCCCAGUCAGCCGCUAGUCUCAUCAACACUACUUCCAUAUCUAUCGACGACGUUGGCUCGUCUUCAAGGACAAUUGGAACCAGAAACUUCUAAAACUCGAGAUGUUCUGGCGGAGGGGCCUAAAGUAACUCAGCCCGUUAAGCAACCAGCCUCAUCUCCAAUCAAGAGUUCUCCCGCCACAUCGUCUGCUGCGCCGCCAACCCCCACCACCAUAUCAGCUGUUACUACCAGCCCUCCCUGUACGACAUCAGCUGUUACAUCGGUUCCUGUCACCGUGCAGUCAGCUGUUGUCCCUGUAACAGCUGAGUCCAGUCAAACCAACACAGUUGCCAGCCCGGGCGUGAAGACAUUAGUCAACAAAGUCAACGGGAGACCAGUUGCCAUCAUUUCAGCAAGUCAAUUGUCCAAGACUUUAUCAGCUGGAAAGCCUCUGCGUAUCAACAUUCAGAACCCGAACAAGUCUCAGUCGAAACCUUGUGUCAUCUUCCAGAAGCCCAUGGGACAAGUCAUCAUGGCCAAGGAAAAUAUUCCCAAACUAUCGACAAUCACUCAAGGAGGACAGACAAAAACAGUGUUCAAAGUCCUGAACGCCACUCCAGGCCAACAGAGACAAAUGUUCAACCUAGCCCCGGGCUCACCUAAACCACCCACUUUUGUGCUAACCAAACCAAACGCAUCAGGGGAGUUUCAAAUCAAAGGCACACAGCUCAUGCAACCCGGAACAAAAGUCAUCACAAUUAAGAGGCCAGUGACAAUCACGAUGCCCAAGUUCGCAAACUCAAAAAUCAGAACUGCCACAGCGACAGUGACGAAACCUCAAACGACAAAUACAGAGCCGACAACAAGCUCAACUACUACAAGUGACGGUGCUGCCAUCCAACCCACCAACAUUGCUGUCAUCCCAAGUGACAGUGCUGUUAUCCACCCUGAUAAUGCUGUUGCCCACCCUACCGACCGGGUUGCUGUCCAACCGACAGACAGUGCUGCUAUUAACCCUACCGACAGUGCAACCACUACGGUGAAGACAAUCAAGCAAUCCAGUCAAGUGGUUGUUUCUGAUGAUCAACAACCAGAAGCUCUGACCAAUGGUUACUCCUCAUCACAAAGCACAAUUGAAGCCAUCACCCCCAUCUCUGAAACUGCAACAUCACCAUCAAGUUUGAAACGACCUGCGGACGCCCCAGCAGAGCCGCCAACUGAUAGUAGCGUUAGUCCGGGCAAGAUCGUGAAAACCUGUUGAUAACGCCAUGGAGCUCCGGUGAAUGUACCAAAGCAGUAUUAUUUUAGUUUUAAGUGUUGAGCUCUCUUUUUCGUUAAUUAUGUAUUUCAUUGCCCUAUGUACUGAAAUUCAUUUAAAGAUGUGUCACAUUAUCAGUAAUUUUUUGUCGUGUGAUGUUAACUUAUUUUAUUAGUUUUGAUAUUUGGUUCAGUUUUGUAUUAAAAAUAUAAAAGUUGUGUUAGACCUAAAUUGUGGUUUUGACUUUUGGUGAAUCGUAUAUCUUUUGCUCAACGAUUGUUUGUUCCUGAACACCAUGGAAAUUGAGGUGUUAGUUAAUACUCAUUUUUAUUGUAUAAUUUUGUGAGAUCUAUUGAUUCUUGUUAUUUCUAGUUAAGCUCAAUACUCUUGGUGAUGUACAGUUCAAAGUUUAACAGUAUCCUUUUGGCCCGUGUUGAAAAAUUACCUUUAAAUUGCUAUAAAAGAUUUUCAACGUAAAAUUCUUGUGAAUUCUGUAAAAUUUCCAAUGCCAUGGAUUCUAAUAUAUUUGGUAAUUUAAAACGUGUGCUGGGUUUAAAAAUGAAAUGCCUACUUAACCUUUCCAUGAAUUAAUUAUUUCUACUUUACGUCUUUUUGACUUGCUAAUUUUAAAAUAAGUCAGAUUUAUUUGUGUAAUUUUAGCUUGAAAAUUUAAGUAACUACUUGCAAAACGUUUGUCAAACUUGAACUGUUUUCACUCACAACCCGUGAAGUAAGUUUUAGUAACAAAACUAGCUUGUAAGAUGGACUAAAGGUAAACCUUUAUUGGAAGUUACCUUAUUUUCUAAUUAGGUUUAAGGUUUGUACAUUGCUGUAUUUAUUAACAUCAAUGGGCUGUUGCAAGCCUUCAUAAUUUCAUUUUAUUUAUUACUAGAUUAGUUGUGUUAUUUAUGAACACAAAGAUGUAUUUUCUGGCAAAAAAUGUGCCAUUUAAUUGACUGCUCAAAAUAUUUUAUUCGCAAAACAAAACAGUUUGACAGGAAUGAGGAUUAGGUCGGUGCUAAGGACGGAUGUGAUAGGAAAUGUGUGGAGUGUUUAAUGAUCUAUAGAAACUACGUACAGUUAAAGUAAAGUUCAAAUAUUUAAAUAGUUUAAUAACAUUUUAGUUUUCAUAACAUAGUAAACAAAAGUAAUGCACUGAGAAAAUUAUCUUAGGAAAAAACCAACAGAGUGUUUUAUAAGAGUUAAACUAUGUUUUCUACGUGUUCUCAAAGUUGUUUCUAAAUAAAGAAA